CUAGUACUUCCGAUUGGCAUUUCCCGAAAUUCAGCACAUGCACAUCAACCUCAUCCUGUUGUCUACACAUCGACUGGCAAGGAGUCAAGUACGCCUCGCUCUGUCACGAUGAUCUCGACAGGGAUGCUAGCGAGCUGCAGUCGACCAGUCCGGGCAACAACACCUCGUCUGCCUAUCGUGCUCAACCUCUGCCCAAGAGCCAAUCUCGCCAGUCUCGCAUUUCGGGCAUCGAGCAUUCCAUGUAUUCUCAGACCUUUUCCUUCACGGAGGAGCUCCUCCUCCUGCUCUUCCCUCUCUCGCUCAUCAAUCACUCCUCCAGUGACCUUCCAGCCCCAUCUCCAUGCAUCAACGACAAGGCAUCGAUCAUCAUCCUCACGAAGCACCACACCCUCCUCUACGCCGUCUCCUCCCGGAGUCGUCACUGAACUUGCAUUUCCCAAAGUCCCUAGUCCGCCGACAAUCUGGGAUAAGGUCUUACCUCGAUGGGCGGCUGGAGCGAAGCCUUAUUUGUUAAUAUCCCGGGUGGAUAAGCCUAUAGGCUGGAUAUUGCUUUAUUGGCCAUGUGCCUGGUCCAUUACCAUGGCAUCAACAGUCCACCACCUUCCACCUACUGUUCCUGCCUUUUACAUGACUCUCUUCGCGGUGGGAGCCAUGGUCAUGCGAGGAGCAGGCUGCACAAUCAACGAUAUGUGGGAUCAGAAGUUUGAUAAAGCCGUCGAGAGGACCAGAUGGAGACCAUUAGCCAACGGCGAUAUGACUCAGUUUCAGGCACUAUCCUUCCUGGGCGCUCAAUUGAGCGUGGGACUCUUAGUGUUGACUCAACUCAACUGGUACUCUAUCGUCUUGGGUGCUUCUAGUCUUGGACUGGUAGUUGUCUACCCAUUCAUGAAGCGCAUUACAUACUACCCUCAAUUCGUCCUGGGCCUCGCAUUCAAUUGGGGAGCCUUCCUUGGAUGGUCUGCUGUCACUGGAGCCGUCGACUGGGUAGUCACUGUCCCCAUGUACAUCGGCGGUGUACUCUGGUGUGUCAUGUAUGAUACAAUCUACGCGCAUCAGGACAAACGAGACGAUAUUCUGGUCGGAGUCAAAUCUAUCGCUCUUCGAUUCCCAUCAGAUUCAGCAUCUCGAACGCUCAUUUCUUCCCUCAGUGCAUCAUUCGUGGGCCUCAUGACUUUGACCGGACAUUUGGCUGGGCUAGGACCAUGGUACUAUGCCAUUUCAUGUGCUGGAACGGCAUUGCACCUUGGAUGGCAGUGCAAGACGGUCAAUUUUGACAGCCGACCCGACCUGUGGAAAAAGUUUUGCAGCAAUGGUUGGCUUGGGGGUCUAGUAUGGCUUGGUAUAGCUGCCGACUAUGUCAGCAGGGUCAUGGUGCCGGGUCUGUACUAGGGCGGAUCUCGACGGUCGCCACCUGGCGGGAGAAGGGGGUGUCUAUAAUGGGGAGUCCAAUAGGGGCAGAAGACGGACAUUGCAUUGGCUCUUUGGUCUACAAGAAUAGUCCCUGCUGUGUUCAAGGAGUGCCUGAGGAUGGUCAGCACUAACGAUGCAGUGGUCGACUUACCUCCCAAAAAUCUAUCUGCGCGUUCCCUCUGCUGCUCCCAAGAAUCUCGGAACACGACAAUACCGACUAGAAUACCAGCCACAAAAAAGACACAAGCUUGCAAGAGCCAAAACGCGCCUGAAAGAU